AUGGCUACUGGAAACAUGCGAGACGAAAUUAGCCAAUGUUGCGACAGUGGUCGCAUCAACUUGCCGAUCCAGCUUUAUCGUCGUCACAAGCUCUGUGCUCACAUUCGAGAUCUUCGCGACUUCACUCCAUUGAGUCAGAACGCUUACUUUCAAUGCUUUUACGGUCAUUACGCGAUACGCCAGCAUCCCAGUCCCAUGUCAUAUAAACGCUCCCGCGCAACCUACGAAGCCGAUUCCAAUGCACCCUUUGCAACGUUCGGCACUCCUCUCCCCGAUGACCCCGAAGCCCGAGAUGAUGGCUCGUUCGUUCCGGUAUGGAAACAGGAGGUGAGGGAUGAGAGGGGACGGAAACGAUUGCAUGGCGCGUUUACUGGUGGAUGGAGUGCAGGAUAUUUUAACACUGUUGGGUCCAAAGAAGGAUGGACUCCAUCGACAUUCGUAUCGAGUCGAAAUAAACAAAAAGAUGGCACAGCCCAAACACAGCAACGACCAGAAGACUACAUGGACGAAGAGGAUCUUGCUGAUGCCGCAGAAGCUCAGAAAGUACAGACUUCUCAAGCAUUCGCCGGUCUCGGGUCUUUUGAUCAGAACAACAGCUCUGGAGGGUUAAUGGGCUUGCUGAGAGCUGAAGGGGACACCAUGGGCUUGAAGCUGUUACGGCGUAUGGGCUGGAAGGACGGACAAGGCAUUGGCCCUAAAAUUCGAAGAAGUGCUCGGCUCGAUGCUGGACAAAAGAAUCCUGAAACUACCGAAACGCAUCUAUUUGCGCCGGAUAACGCUGAAAUGAUUCGAUUUAUCCGCAAGAGCGAUCGGAAAGGAUUAGGCCAUGAUGGCGAAGCAAAGUUGUCAAACCUCAACGCGAUUACAGCUGCAGCCGACGAAGACGACGACAAUGACAGCAAUGGCUUCGAUACCUCGAUCCAAAGCACAUCUUUGUUUUCCUCACAAAAAUCAAAGACGAAACCAGCGCGUGGUGGAAUAGGAGUGGGUAUUCUGAACGACAAUGGAUCCGAUGAGGAAGACCCUUACGAGAUAGGACCCAAAAUCCGGUACAAUCGCGUCGUUGGCGGUGACAAGAAAAAGAAAAAGGCAAAGAAAGCAUCCGCUGCAAUCAACCCUGCACUGAAAAAUGCCCCUGUCUUCAUGUCUCGAUCAGCUCGAGCUGGCACUGGUCUUGGGAGGUGUCAUGAUGGGCGAUUGCCGCUUGAUGGUUUCGUACUAGCCAAGAUUACGGAGGAUUUAUCUGAUCUUCUGUUGGAGUAUGCGCCGCCUCCAGUCCCAGAAGGAUGGGUAUCGUCCAAAACAUCCUCAGACCAGGCCAAUCCUGAGGACUAUAAGUCGACAGCUGAUGCUGCGAAAGCAUCCACCCAUGAUGCAAAGUCAAGGGCAGCGCUCCUUGGGGAAAGGAGCUUGCCAGGUAAAUCUGUCUUUGACUUCAUAACCAGCUCAGCACGCGAUCGACUUGCUACAGCAUCUGGGAACAAAAGUCUACCACAAGGGUUGGGAGAAAUACCCGAAGGAUAUGCUGUGUCAGAUGAAGAAAGACAACAGGCAGUCUGGGACCAAGCAGCCAAGCUGGACCAAGAAACGGCCAUCGCAGCUAUCUCACGAGGCUCGUCUGGGCCUUACGCAGAUAACGAGGAGAAAAAAGCACGUUACAGGACCUAUUUGGAACACUUUGCGACAGGCAGUCAACCGUUACCAUACAAACCUCAAGGCAUGGCUUACGAUGACUUUGCAAGAGAGCUAUCUGAAUUCCAUAAUUGCGCCAGGAUAUUCAAACCAAUGACAGGGUUUAUGGCAUCUCGUUUUACGACAGCCAAGAAGCCAUCGGCUGUCUCAACAAACGACUCUGAGACAGACCUGUUAUCGAAACCAGAACCCAAGGUAACUGAUCCAGCAGAAGACGCAGCCAAGGUCGGCAUGUACGGCAAGAUGACUCGUACAGUCGACAACUUUUACCCAACCAGAUUGCUGUGCAAACGGUUCAAUGUUAGACCGCCCGCACAUUCUCAGCCAGAUACUCAGGCGGGAACUAGUUCUGGUUCAAGGAAUCAUGAAGAUGCGAGACCUAUGGAUGACGUCGAAAUCAGUUCAAGGUCGCCUGUGGAUGUCAACAUGAUCGAAGGCGCCCCUGCAGGGACUGUGCCACCGGUUCCUGUACCUGAACCAGCCAUCAACCCGGACAAGAACGAAGCAGUAGAAGGGAAGACAGCACAUGAUGAAGUCCUUCGAGCGAUUUUUGGAGAUAUCUUAAUUUAUUAUCAUGCCCUGGAUACCCAUAAACCUCGAAACGAAAAGACAUGUCAUAAUAAGAAUAUUUCAAAUAAUGUCCUGAGAUUAUUUAUAGAACUUGGAAUUGGACCAUCUACGUCUUUAGACAAUAAGACUUCAUCACCCGCUUCUUCAAGACCGCCAAGCACGCGCACAACUUCAAGCCAUCAUCGCGAACCGACUCCCGAUAACCUAAAAUCCGCCAAAGAGCCGGAAUCACACAUUCUUUUAAAGUGCGAGCAGUCCCCGCCGCCGCAGUAUCCCGCCUCCGAACCUUCAACCUCGCGCCCUCCCCCCUUCUCGUCGCUCUUUACCUCUCCGACAACCGACGCUCACGAGCGCUCCAACAAAUUCGUUACAUUUACUGCUCGCUCUCCUUGUGAAGCAGUAGCAUCGGGAUCCGCUGCGCCAGCAUACGAAUCUUCUUCGCCAAGAGAAGCACUUCCGUUCGAUCCAGACCAAAUCACUACUGCAUUUCGCGAUCCAGUCGCGGAAACCAAGCGCGCGCUUCCUCGGGAUACCAAGGGAGAUUCUAAUCGAAAGGACGACGACGCAGAACCGCCUCCGGCUUAUUCAGAAGAGGGCGAUAGUCCCCUUGCCGCAUUCUCUUUCCUAAUGGCUGCCGCAGGAGGAGCUUCAAGCAUCAUCACUCAGGUGCAACAGGGCGGACCGCCUAUUAGCACUCUGGGUGAUGUUGGUGCCGAUGAAACAAUUGCUAUGGACCUGAGGGGCACAAGAUUCUAUCUCUCCAGAGAUGAGUUGCUCACUUUGCCUGAAUUUGUUCUUCUUUCUUUGUUCCCCAAUGGCCUAUUUCCAGAGGGCCAAAUGGGCGGUUUUUCUGACGGCGAUGCCGUGCAAGUAGACUACGACCCAGCUUCGCUUCAGUACAUGCUCGAUUUCUUCAGGGACGUCGCACAGUCUAUCCCCACAGACGGAUCACCAAGUGCUUCGCAAGAAGAGGAUACGCCCUCUCUUGGUACCUCGCGUGACGACUCUAAGCGAGCCGGUAUCAUUGUACUCCGUGAGGACCUUGACUUUUAUGCUAUCCCUCCCCGACCAGACAUCGGUCAGCUUGAUAUGAUUGCCGUGAAGCGGGCAGCCGCAGAGGCCUUGCAGCAACAGUCCGGCAUCUUUUCCGGACUCAAGCGAAGCGACGAGCCCGGUACUACCGAGGCCCAUUUGAUUGAGAUGUUGACAGCAGGUGGCUUCAACCACGACGACCGAUGGGGUCACCGUGCUGGCGAGCCCAACAAGGCUGUCAUUUGCAGUUUGGCACUUGCCCGUCUGCGCAGUGAUAUUCGAGGCAACGAGAUGGGUACCAACGCUGUUGGCAUGGCCCAAAAGCUUCUCCUCUUCUGGCGCAAGCCCGCUCGCCGAUGCUGGUGGGAAGGCGUUGAGCUCGAGAACGUUGCUGGCGUUGAGGGCAAACUCAAGGUCUGGAUCCGAAGGGUAUGGACCCUCGAGAUGAGUGUCAUUGGCCUUCGUUAA